AUGACCAAGGGAGAAAUUGUCUUUUUGUUAUUAGUGUGCGGACUGCCUCCCCUGACCAACAGGAUUGUCGGAGGAACUAAUGCACAAGAAGGUGCUUGGCCAUGGCAGGUGGAUAUCCAGACAAUAACGGAUGGCCACAUUUGUGGAGGGUCUAUCAUUGCAGAAGACUGGGUGUUGUCUGCUGCCCAUUGCUUCCCAGCGUCUUCCAGUUUGUCCUCCUAUGUGCUGUACCUGGGCUGUUACCAGCUCAACGGAUUUAACCAGUAUGAAGUUUCAAAGCGUGUUGCUCAAGUGACGAUUCCACCAGGUUAUGUCGAUGCCCAGGAAGGGCUGGACAUAGCUCUGGUCCAGCUGGACAGCCCAGUGACCUGGUCAGACUACAUUCAGCCAGUUUGUCUACCUGAUGCCAACACCCUGUUCCCCAGUGGGAUGCUUUGCUAUGUCACUGGCUGGGGGCAGGUUCAGGAGGGAGUUUCUCUGUCAGGUGUGGGAACUUUACAGCAAGUUCAAGUCCCCAUCAUUGACCAGCCUACCUGUCAGCAGAUGCUCCAGGCCACUGAAAACAUAAGCAUCCUGUCUAGCAUGAUUUGUGCCGGUUAUCCAGAGGGUGGAAAGGAUGCCUGCCAGGGGGAUUCUGGUGGACCUCUUGUGUGCUCCAUGGUGAAUGGGACGUGGGUGCAAGCAGGUGUGGUCAGCUUUGGAUUUGGCUGUGCCCGACCCAACCAACCUGGUGUCUAUACCGAGGUGUCUGCCUAUACUGACUUCAUCCAAAGUAGCGUGCCAGAUGCUCAGCUCAUUGGCCGGGCUUCCUAUAGCUGGGCGAGUAAGUUGGCUGUGCUGGCCAAUGCCGUGACCUCCCUGGUUGCAGUAGUGUUGCUGCGGUAGGCUUGUUCAGUGUGGGUCCACACACGAGAGAGUGUAAUAAGUGACUUGGCACAUGACGCAACUGAGCCACAUAGAGCUGAACUGGGAAGGUUAAACUGGACUUCAUACCCGCAUAUUACUCAGGCUAUAAAGUGAGUAUUGCACUGUACUUGCCAAAGAUAGCAGGGGACCAAGUGAA